CAGUUAUAUAUACAUAUAAUGAGAAAAUCAUCAUAAUCAUCACCCAAUUAGGCCAAAGGGGAGAUAGAUUUGCUUUUCUUAUCAAGGCAAAAAGGGGAGACUUUGAGAACACAAAAGAGGUCAGCAAAUACAUAGAGGGAGAAAAUGGCAAAAAUGUUUAUUGUUGCAGCAGUGAUAAUAAUGGUAAUGAAGGGCAUAACUGCAGAAACAAUUAAUGUGGGAGAUGCUAAUAGAUGGAUUAAUCCUCCCUCACCUGAAUUAUAUACUUCUUGGGCUGCCGAGCACACUUUUGCUGUUGGUGAUGUUCUAGUGUUCCAAUUUACCACGAAUUUCCACACCGUUGCCAUGGUUACAGAGGCUGGUUAUGAUGCAUGUGAUGCUGGUAAUGCUGUGAUUCAUACUGAAGGCCCAACAGAAAUAACCCUUAACAGACCAGGAGAAUUUUUCUUCAUUUGCACCGUUGGUACACAUUGUGAUAAUGGUCAGAAGUUCGCCAUCAACGUCACUGGCACCGCCGCCGCCGCCGCCCCCGUUCCUACAAGCUUGCCGGUUGAACCUACACCCACAGAUGCAGGCUCCUCACCACCUAUGCCUCUCAUUUCCACCUUCUUCUCUGUUUCUUUCGUGGCCUUUAUAGUUGCUUUGCUAUAUUGAUUACAAUAAUGAUCACUUAUUUGUGGAUUGUUAUUAGUAUGGAGUAUCUAUUUUUUGGUGCUAAUUGUUAUGAAGUACUAUUUAAUUGUUGUUAAAUUUGUUAUCUUGGUUUUGUGUUUUUCCCUAAUGUACAAGAUCAUGUACUAUUGAUUUUUGUUGUCAUUUGCUUG